CUGCUGAGAUUAUGAUAUCUAGAACGAACAUCAAAUAUAUCCUAAAAGUAAAUGGUUAGAUCUCAUGAAACACAUUGACAACAUUAUGAAGAAGUCGAUAGAGAGUAACUGUUAUCAAUUCUUACCAAUGAUAUCUCAAAAAUAUACUAUUAGUAUAAGUUAAUUUUGUAAUUACAUUUUAAACAAAAUGAAAUUUAGCAAAUUGAUAAAGUGAAAUUUUCUUUGGAGUCUCUCACUUUGUUUUGAGUUUUCAAAUGAAAGACUUAUCUCUCUUCUUUCCUUAACUUUUCUAUUUUUCAAAAAAAUUCUAUUUAUUUUCCUAAUUUAAUUAGGAAACUUCUCUAUAUACCCAUUGUUGAGGUGGUCAUCAUCAUUCAUCAAACUUCAUUUGAAAGACUAUAAUUCCUAAAUGACUGUAACAGAAAAAGUUUCUUCCCAAAUGUCCUUAAAUGUGGGUCUCUAUGUUAUCUUAAUAAUAUGGAGGUAAAUAUAAGAAUAUCUAAAGCCUUAGAGGGAGAGUGUGAGCAGCAAAGGGUUUUACUCCUUUGGAGAUCUUCUCAUUCUUCUUUGCGGCGAUUGACUACUGCUUGAGAUAUCUCUUGUUCGAUUCACAGUCUUCGUUGGUAAGUCCUCUCUCUUCACCUUGCUCUAUCACUCUCACUCUCUCUCUGCUUUUCCCUUGAGUUGCUAUGUAAUGUGAUUUAUUGCGAAAGCAGCUUCCUUUGCAUUGGAUUUGGUGUUUGUGUAGAGAUUUAGAAUGCAUUGUGAGUCAAAACUUGGGAGCGAAUCUCUCAUUCUGAUGAAACAAGGAGCUGAAGCUGUAAGCUUUCUCUGUAUGAAUCAUUGUAUAUGUGCUCUGUUUUGGACAAAGUUUAAGUCUUUAUUAGUUUUUUUUCACUACUUUGCUAUGUUGUUGUCUUAAAUGGAGUUUUUUUUUUCAAAUGUAGAUGGGUUGUAUACUGACAACGUAUAGGAAGUCCUCAAAGCAAUGGUCACGUAUACAAUGUGUGUUGGCUUGUAAGUUUGUGGGAUGAGACUUGAUGAAAUGUACAUAACAUAAGACUCCAGAUUAGCAACAGUUAUGGUUAAGAAAUUUACUAUAUUUAACUAGGCAAAGAGCCCGUGCGAUAUCGCAUGGGAACUCAUUUUUAUAAAGAAUAUAUUAUAAUCUAUAAUUUAUAAUUUUAUAUGCCUGAUAAAAAAAUUAAAUCAUAUAAAUAAUUAAAUUUAAUUUUGAUGAUUAAAAUAUGAUUUACAAAGUAUUCAAAUAUAUAUAUAUAUAUAUAUAUAUAUAUAUAUAUUUUAUAAACCUUAAUGUUUCCUUUAAUUUUUUAUCAAAACACAUAUUGCAUACAAUUAUGUCUUCAUCAUUUUUAAGUUUUUUCAUACAUUUUUCACAUGAUAGUUAUCUUCAACCACUUUUUGAACAAAAUGCAAUUUUUUUUGCAUGAUAUAUAAUUUUUUUUCCUAUUUAAGACAUAAUAUUAAAAUUAUUAGUUUAUAAUUUUAAACAAUUAUAAUUUAUAUGUUGGUAAUUGUUAUUUUGUAUAUUUAUCUACCUGCUUUAUUUAUUGAAAAUGAAUAUCCAGAAAAUUGAAUAUUGUAAUAAAUAUAUGUUGAUUUACGUUAAUAUAACCCGUCUCAUUUAUAAUAUUUUUUUUAAUUUUUGGGAGAGUUCUUAUAAAAUACCAACACUUAUUAUAUAAACUAACACAUUACUUAAAUAAAACCAAUAUUUUUUAAAGCAAUCCCACUUUGAGAUUAAAAGACACCUUGUUUAGAUGAAAAGUUGCAACUUUGACAUUAUUUUUUUCAUCAUUUUAUUAUUAGUAGAUUAGUGAAAAUUUGAUUUGAAAAAUGCAUGAGAGAGACUAUUUAUAGAUUUUUUUAAAGCCUAUUUGAAUAGUCACAACCUUUCAAUAUGAAUAGUCGCGUUCUUCUAAUACUCACAACUUCUCACUUUUUAAAAGAUACUAGUGAAUAGUCACAACUUUUAGACUAUUUUUAGAAGGACACAACCUUACAACAUAUAACUUUUAGAAAAGACACAACUCUCUACACAUAUUUUUCAAAAGACAUAACCUUUCAACAUAAUUGAAGUUCACAACCUUAGGAAUUAAUUGGAAAAGACACAACCUUACAAUAUAGAACUUUUAGAAAAGACACAACCCUUUACACUACUUUUUCAAAAGACACAACCUUUCAACAUAAGUGGAUUCACAACCUUAGAAAUUAAUUGGAAAAGACACAACCUUCAACAUAGAACUUUUAGAAAAGACACAACCCUUUACACUUCUUUUUCAAAAGACACAACCUUUCAACAUAAGUGGACUCACAACCUUUGGAAUUAAUUGGGAUUGCUAUUAUUAGUAGAUUAUCAACCAACUCAACAAACAUAUUGAUAAAUAAAGAAAGUUACAACAACAUCCUUCUAUUCUGAGCAUAUAACGGUCUCUAAAUAAUCACUUUUUGUAUAUAAGGAAAAAAUGAGAUGAACCCUCAAAAAACAAAGACAGUUUACAAAAAAAAAACCUAAAAGCAAAGAAGAAAUGGGAAACAAACUGAUUUUUGGAGCCCUAUUAUGUCUGUGCCUUGUGAUACAAGCCACCAGCCACGUUGAGAAUCCUCUGAUAAACCAUUACGCUGAUUACGAAGCGGUUCAUCCCAGCGAAUACUACAGCUCCGACUUCGAACUCAAAGACGGAACCAACGUGAUCUUCGAAGCUAUCAACGAGCUGAAAGGGAUCAAGAAACCAAAAGCAGGGUUCCAGUGCAGCAUUGGUCGGAAACACUGGACUAGGUCUCUUCCUGGAGACGUGUUUUUCGCCAAGUUCUUCUUUUACUGUGUUAACCCGAACGCAAAGGUUGUUAACCGGUGCCAUUUCCGGUCUAGUUUGGGUUAUGUUAAUCUUGAUAUUGAGAUAACUCCUGCGCUUGGAAGUCGAUGUCCUGGUUAUAGAUGUGUUCUAGCGAUAAGGCGUGAAGGUCUUUUAAUGAAAGAUACUAAUGAGCUUUUUCCUUGGACUCCUUGGCCUCAUCGCCACACUCAACCUAAGUUGCCCAAGAUGAUCAACAAGUGAUUCGUUUGAUAUUUGAUGUAUUAUGGGAACGUGUGUGUAUACAUGUAUCUUUUUUUUUUGGUUCUCUCCCAUGAAAAAAUGUAUUUAGAUUUGAGGAAAAAAUCAGAAGUUGAAAACGAUAUCCAGAGCAUUUAGUAUGAUUUCUACAAAUAUGGUUUUGAAAAAUCGUGUACUUGAUACCGAACUGCACAAAACAUCUACAAAAAACACUUUUGAAAUGUAGCAUAUGGUUUCUUAGAUGAAUAUAAGUCACUGCGGAUAGACUUGUCCUCGAAAAAUUCUUGAAUUAAGAUUCACCAAAUAUUAUUGUCAUUAACAACUCAUUAUUACAAGUUUUUAUAUUUUUAUAGUGGCUAAUGAUGAUUGAAAUCGUUAGAAGAGAACUCAAACUAUAGUCUUCAUCCUAUUGCUGGUUUUGUAGCAUCAUUAUUAAUUAGUAGUAUUGUCAAACUGAAUCACUUAAAAUACAUACACAAAAAAUAAUAUUAUUUAAUCUACACUAUUAUUUAUGAAGUGAUUUUGCUUAUUUGUCAUGUUCUCCAUAAUUUUAGGUAAUUUUGAUUAC